ACAAUUCCACCAGAGUCAAUUAUUGAUGAGAGUUCAUCAGAAUUAUCUAUUUUUGAAAAUCCACCAGACUUAACUAUUGAUAACAAUUCAGCAAAGUUAGCUGUUGUCAAAACUCCUUCAGAGUCAAAAGUUGAUGAAAAUCUGCCAAAGUCAGUAAUUGUUAUGAAUCCUUUGCAAUCAGUUAUUAACAAAAAUCAAUCAAAAUCUAAUACAUUUAAAUUGUUUCCAGAACAAGCUUUUCAAUCUCUUACAAAUGAAACAAAAAUCAGCACAGAAGAGUCCGGUCUUCUAAAUUCUGAAUACACAUUAAAAGAAAAUUCUACAAAAUGUGCUUUGGCUGGUUUAAGUUGUGAAUUGAUAAAUUCAAUAUUAUUGUUCAAAUGCUCAGUGUUAAAUUGCCUAGAAAAUCAAUUUUCAACUGUAGUUUUAAUUGAUUUUUUCAAGCAUAUCAAUCAGAAUCACCAACUUGUAGUUUGGGAUGGAAAGUGUGAAACAUGUCAUGACAACUUCAAGUUGAUUUCUAAACAAUAUUAUGUAAAAAAUGCGUUAGAACACUUAAUUUCUCAUCAUUUGGUUUUAAAGAAUAAUGAACAACCCAAUCAUAUGAUGAAUUUUGGAGGUUCAAAGAGUGACCAAAGCUUAUCUUCUGUAUGUCAAAACAUGUUCAAAAAUACACCAAUUGUUGAAAAGUUAAUUAGAGUUCGUUGUUCACGUUUACCUGGUGAUUCAUUAUCCACUCGUAAAACUUCAAUGACAAGUGAAGAAAAAUCAAAUUUAUUUGAAGAUAGUCGUUUGUUUGACUUAAAAAAUGACUUAACAGAGGGAAUAAUAGGAAAUGUCAGUUGUAAAAAAAUAAAUAAUAUGUUAUUAUUCCAAUGUAUUGAUGAAUCAUGUCCAAAUACAUGUUCAACAAUAAUUUACAAUGAUUUUGUAAAACAUAUCCAAUCAUAUCAUAAGUUAACCAGUUGGAAUGGAAUGUGCAGUAUUUGCGGAUGUGGAUUUUGGAGAAAUUAUAAUUAUCUAUACAUGGAAAAUGCUCUAGAACAUUUAGUAUCUUGUCAUUUAAUUGAAUGUCAAAAAAGUGUACAUACUAAUUAUAAGCCUAGUGAUUCAAGUAUAAGCAAUAUUUGUGAUAUGCCCGUUAAUAACCCACCAAAUGAUGAUACAAAUUCCAUUAACAAAAAUGAUUUUAUAAAACACAAUGUAUUUGAAAACUCUGAACAAUCUAGCCAUAUGUUGCUUAGUAACCAGUGUGAUGAAACAUCAGUGAAUCUAAACAUUAAUCAUGGUUCUAAUGAUGGAAGGUUUCCGUUAAGUUCAUGCAACUUUGAUGUUGAAAAUUUAAAAAAGGAUAAAGUAAACGCUUUAAAAAUUAUCUCAAGUGCAUCUGGUAAUAAUGAUCUCAAUAUGUGGAUGAAAACGAAGACAAGUUGUGAACUUGUUCCACCAAGUUCAGAAAUAUCUCUUGAAGCAGGACAACAAAUUGUUAAUAAUGGUAUACCCAUAGAUAGUACAAUUUAUUUGAUAGACACAACAUACACAAAAGAUUAUGAUAAAAAAGUUCGAGAUUUGCCAAUGAAUGUGAUGAAAACAAAAUUAGCUUUUAAUGAAAUGUCUGCUUUACCAAGACUAUUAGGUCUUUUUAAAUGUAUGGACCGAACUUGCACAAAAAUUUUUAAUUCAAAAGAACUAUUCAAAUUACAUAUGAAAUUACAUUUUUCAAAUACAGAGAAAAAAAAAAAAAACCAAAUUUACAAUGUUGAACAGUUUAAAAUGUGUGCCUACUGCUUUAAAAUGUUUGAUGAUGAAGAGUCUUUGGCUAAUCAUAUAGUUGAUAAUUACACUUUUUGUGAAUAUUUUUGCCCUUAUUGCUUUUAUCGUGCUUAUACUGCUUCUCAUGUUUUGGUUCACCAGUCUAUAAUACAUACCAAGAUAUCCAAACAUUCUAUAAUAAAACUUGAAUAUAAUGAUGACGCUUGUAAAUACCCCAAAGAAAUGUUAAUGGUAGUAGACUUCAAGGACUUUGUAUUACCUUACAAAUGUAGUGUUGGUUACUGUGCUUUUUCUUGUUAUCUACAUAACGAAUUUAUAGAUCAUUUGAAUGAAGAACAUCAAUUAUGUGAUAAAUUUUGUUGUUAUAUUUGUGAUAAUAAAGAUGAUGGUGAAGGAUUUUUUGCUCUACAAUCAAAUUUAAUGAUUACGCAUUUCAAACUUCAUAACUUAAAUAAAUAUCAAUGUAUUUUCUGCUUAUUUGGUUGUGAAAUUAUUGAUUCAAUGAUAAAGCAUUUAGCAUUUGAACAUUUUGAAUAUGAGCCUUUAUGCUUGGAGCGUUCUACGGUAUCUGAUAAUUGUGAUUCUAAAAAUAUUAAAAAUUUGAAAAUUUUAAAAUUGAAAAAAGUUAUUGAAAAUGGAAUGAUUGAAGUAGUAAAUUUACCAGUGGAUACAGUUUCUUCUUUACCUGAAGUUUUGCCACAGAAAUCUAAAAAAAGAUCUGUAGAGUGUUCUGAUGUUCUUUCAGUAGCUAUGAAAUCUGCUUGUAUUGAUGAAGGAUCUCAACCUUUAGAUACAAUUGUUAUUACAGUUCCUGAUAGUGCACAAAUGGCAGAAAGUAGUACAUCAUUACCAUUAGCUAUUGAUAAUGAAUUUAUCAUGAUUGAUGAUGUAAAUGAAAAUGAUAUGCAAGAAUCAUUAAAAAUAAAUUGUAUUUGGUCUGAAUCUAAAAACAAAGAAAAGCGAAAAGUGUCAUCAAAUAAUGAUGUUAUUGUUAUUGAUGAUGAAGAUGAAACUAAUUUGUUAGAAAAAGAAGAGCUUGAGAGUCCAAAAAAAAGAAUGUGUUUAGAGAAAGGAGAAUCAACCAAUGGAUCUAUUAAGGUUAAACGAUUGGCAUUUCCAAUUAUUGAAUUAGAUAAAUUAUUUGUCUGUAAAGAAUGUGAAAAAAUUUUCUCAAAUGGUGACAUUUAUCAUGCACAUCUAAAUGUAUGUCCUUUUUGGGAUAGUGUUGCUGGACAGAAAUGUAUGUAUUGUGUUAAAGUAUUUAAGACUCCAUUAAACAUGAGUGAACAUAUCAAACUUCAUGGACCUGAUCGUUUCAAAUGCUAUUUAUGCAGUUUAAAUGUACCAUCUCAGCGUGCUAUUACACAUCAUAUGAAAAAUAGUCAUGGAAUUACAAAUUUAGAUUUUGUCCCUGAACGUUCUAAUUUAACUGAUUUGAAUAAAGAUAAUUUUAUUGUAUAUGAGAAUAAAAUAGUUGAGCAGAAGAAACAAAAAAUUCAUAACUUGUUUUCAUGUAACAAGUGUUCAUUUAAGGGCAACUCUCGUAAAAUUAUUAUGUCUCAUAUGAAGGCUGUUCAUAAUACCGAGCAAAAUUUAGAUUUUGAUGGUAAAUUUUAUAAAACAAUGCAAGAACUACCAAAUGAUGUUAAUAAUUCUGACAAUUCUUUAAUACCUCAACAAAAUAAACAACAAAUUACAACCUUGAAAAGAAAACGUUCUACUAAUUUUGGUUACCAGAAAGGAUUACCAAAAACAAAACAUCUUAUCAAAGACAAAACAAAAAACUUGUGUUUUUCUCCUGAUACUAUUGACAGUAUUCCUAAGUCUCAUAUAUUCUCAGAUCUGAUUGGCUGUUCAUUAUGUACAUACAAUACAAAGGUGCGUUCAAAUCUAAUUUUACAUUUGAAUGGACAUAUUAAAGGACAAGAUAACACUACUAAAGAAAUUGUUAAUCCUGUACCUUCUAUUGGGAAGUCUGAACUUAUGUUUGACAAGAUGAUAAAUCUCUCUGCUAGUUCAUUUGAUGCUAUGAAUACUGAUAAGAUGAAAAGAGAUGAACUUGAUAAGAAAAUUGUUGAAGUAGCCCCAGAUGACAAUUUUAAAACAGAUGUAUUUCCACAGUUUGUUCCAGAAAGUAAACGAUAUAAAUGUUCAAUACCUCUUUGUGAUCAUAUAUGUAUGACAGAGGAAAUGCUAAAGACACAUAUAUCAAUCCUUCAUUCCGAUUACCAGUGUUAUAUAUGUCCACAUUGUCAACCGUCAUGCAUUAUAUCCAAAACUGUAGAACGAAAUCAAAUAGAAUUUCAUUUAAUGCACCAUGGGGAAAAUUUAUAUAAAUGUCAAUACUGUGAGUAUAUUGACUUUAAUCGAGUUGAAAUGAAAACACACAUGAGAAAUACCCAUCUAUCAGAAAUAACCAAUUCAGUUCAAUCCAAUAUCAUUGUAAUCAGACAAACAAUGUUAAAAGAUAGUUGUAUUGAUAGAGGUAGAAGCAAAGCUCCAUCUAAUGUGCCUCAAUGGGUGUGCAAUAUAUGCUCUACUGGUUUAAGAUAUACAGAAAAUGAGAUAACAUCACAUAUUUUUAUGGCUCAUAAAGUAUCAAGUAUGUAUAAAUGUCCUAUGUGUCAAUUUGAAAACAAGGAUGAUAAUGCUAGUACUUUUGAAGAACAUUAUAAAUUGAAACACCCGUCAGUAGCAGUAAAGUGCUUAAGAGUAUUUGAAAUGAUUACCGAUAAAGAAGAGUUGCAUCAACAACGUUCAGGGGGUGCAGAAAACAUUUUAGAACAGCAAGCUUUAGAAAGUAUUGAACCUACACUUGUGCCUCCUACUUGUCGAGGAAUUCCUAUUGAAUCAACACCAUUGAAAAUUAACAAUAAACCUCGUGGUAUGUCAAAAAGUCCAAAAUCAGCAACUAAAAGCUCUUCAAUUCAAGCUCAUAAACAGAAAAUGUUGAUUGAUGUUUUCAAUAAGAAUGACAAGUUAGGAGAAAUAUCUUCAAAUGGUUUCUUUGUUUGUCCUAAGUGCAAUAAAUUUGAAAUUUCCAGUAUAGAACUUUUCCGUGAACACUUAUAUAAAGAAAUCAAUUAUAAAACAUGGAAAUGCUUAAAAUGUUUUGAAAUAUCUGAUUCUCCUAAGAAAAUGGCAUGGCAUGUUAAAAAACAUGGAAUUGGAAGCAAGUAUGAAAAAAUUGAAGAUGAAGAGAAAUUAAAAUGGGUUAAUCGAGUUAUUGGACAUCAGCAUUUUUUAUUAACCGAAUUCAAUAAAAACAGUAAAGAAAAACGUGUUAAAAGUGUUGAAACAAAUAAAUCUGUAGUUAAUAAUAAAAAGACAUCUUAUUCACCAGUUAAAAAAAAAAAUAUUGAACGUGAAAAAAAAGUAGUAUUUAUCUCUCAGCCAAACCCUGAUCCUGUAUUAAAUGACAAUAUCAUUAAUUUGGUAGAUGAUUCCGAUGACGAAUAAUUUGGCAAUGAAUAAUUGUCAUGUAUCUAAGACUGACAAAUUGGCUGUUAUUUAUUAAAUAAAAAUUUACUAUCAUUCCGAUAUAGUUGGAGAUUAUGUUUGAAAUUAUCAUUUCAAUAUUGAUGUUAUUUGUUUAUAUUUAAUGUGUGUUAAUAUCUCAAAA